AAUCAAGGCAAUCUAUCAAUUCUUCUUUUCGCCUGUGUUCGGAUAGACGUCCGCCUUGUUCCUCUACCGGAGAAAAACUAGUCAGGUUGCAACCACAGGUCCAUCCGGCGGAGGAUACCGCUAUAAUGGGUGUUUUUCACCUAAUCGGACUUUAUAACAGUUUUCGUGCUCGCGGAUUUUGAUAGAAAAACAACACAUCUUAACGCCCGCUAGCUAACGUUAGUUCUCGCCACUGUCCUGUGGUGUUGUUUUGAGUGAGAGUCUUCAAACGAGGGAUAUACAAGGAGUCUUACUGGGAAACAGUCCUAAACCGCAAACAUGUCUGGGGCGUCUGUGAAAGUCGCCGUUCGAGUCCGGCCCUUCAACUCCAGGGAGAUGGGCAAGGAGUCAAAAUGUAUCAUUCAGAUGCAAGGCAACACUACAACUAUUCUCAAUCCCAAAGCCCCAAAGGAACCAGCAAAGACCUUCAGUUUUGAUUACUCCUACUGGUCACACACUACGCCGGAAGACCCCAGCUUUGCAUCACAGAACCUUGUGUACAAUGAUAUUGGCAAAGAAAUGCUGGCGCAUGCGUUUGAGGGCUACAACGUCUGCAUUUUUGCCUAUGGCCAGACAGGAGCUGGCAAAUCCUACACCAUGAUGGGAAAGCAGGAGGAGGGGCAGGAAGGAAUCAUUCCCAUGCUCUGUGAAGAUCUGUUUGAAAAAAUCAAUGAGGAAACCAACAAAGACGAGCUCUCCUACUCGGUAGAGGUCAGUUACAUGGAAAUCUACUGUGAGCGGGUGAGAGAUUUGCUAAACCCUAAGAACAAAGGGAAUUUACGAGUGCGAGAGCACCCGCUACUGGGUCCCUAUGUGGAGGACCUGUCCAAGCUUGCUGUCACCUCCUACACAGACAUCGCUGAUUUAAUGGAUGCAGGCAACAAGGCCAGAACUGUGGCUGCCACCAACAUGAAUGAGACCAGCAGCAGGUCCCAUGCUGUUUUCACCAUUGUCUUCACACAGAAGAAACACGACAGCGAAACAGAUCUCUCUACAGAAAAGGUCAGUAAAAUUAGUCUGGUAGACUUGGCAGGGAGUGAACGAGCAGAUUCCACUGGAGCUAAAGGCACCAGGCUAAAGGAGGGAGCAAACAUCAACAAAUCUCUCACCACGUUAGGAAAGGUUAUCUCUGCCUUGGCUGAAGUGGAUAACUGUACCAGCAAGAGCAAGAAGAAGAAGAAGAGCGACUUCAUCCCGUACAGAGACUCUGUUCUGACAUGGCUGCUGAGGGAGAACCUCGGUGGAAACUCAAGAACAGCCAUGGUAGCUGCCCUCAGUCCCGCAGAUAUCAACUAUGAUGAAACUCUCAGCACACUCCGCUACGCUGACCGAGCUAAGAACAUCAAAUGCAAUGCUGUCAUCAAUGAGGAUCCCAACAAUAAGCUGGUGCGUGACCUGAAGGAUGAAGUGGCUCGGCUGAAGGAGCUGCUCCGUGCCCAGGGCCUGGGAGACAUUCUGGACAUCGAUCCUAUGGGAGAUGAUUGCCCAGGAAGUGGAAUCAAAUACCUCAAAGACAUUCAGAACAAUAAGCAUAGAUACUUGAUAGCCUCAGAGAACCAACGCCCUGGCCAUUUCUCCACAGCCCCUAUUGGUUCCCUGACAGCCUCGCCAUCCUCUGGCUCACUGUGCAACCAGGGGGGCCUUCAGUCAGUCACCAGCAUCCAGGAGCGCAUCAUGUCCACCCCUGGAGGAGAGGAGGCUAUUGAAAGACUCAAGGAAUCAGAAAAGAUCAUUGCCGAGCUCAAUGAAACCUGGGAAGAGAAACUACGAAAGACGGAGGCAAUCCGUAUGGAGAGGGAGGCCUUGCUCGCAGAGAUGGGUGUGGCAAUCCGUGAAGAUGGAGGCACUUUGGGGGUCUUCUCUCCUAAAAAGACUCCACACCUUGUUAACCUGAAUGAGGAUCCUCUCAUGUCAGAGUGUCUGCUUUACUACAUCAAAGACGGAAUUACAAGGGUGGGUCAGGCUGAUGCUGAAAGACGACAGGACAUUGUUUUAAGUGGUGCUCAUAUCAAGGAAGAGCACUGCAUCUUCCGCAGCGAGAGGAAUGCCAAUGGAAAUGUUAUCGUCAUGCUGGUGCCCUGUGAGGGAUCAGAAACUUACGUCAAUGGCAAGCGUGUUGAGGAUUCAAUCCAGCUUCGUUCAGGUAACCGUAUCAUUAUGGGAAAGAACCACGUGUUCCGGUUCAACCACCCAGAACAGGCCCGGGCUGAAAGGGAGAAGACGCCAACAGCUGAAACCCCUGUGGAGCCGGUGGACUGGACCUUUGCACAGAGAGAGCUUCUGGAGAAGCAGGGCAUCGACAUGAAGCAGGAGAUGGAGAAAAGGCUCACUGAGAUGGAAAUCUUGUACAAAAAGGAGAAGGAGGAAGCAGACCAACUUCUGGAGCAACAGCGAUUGGUGUACGAGAGCAAAUUGCAGGAACUUCAGAAACAGGUGGAGACUAUUUCUCUGGUAGCCGAGACACCCGAUGAAGAAGAGUUGGAGGAGGAGGAGGAAGAAGAAGAGCCUAAACAUCUGGGAUUGCCAUGGACUCAGCAUGAGUUUGAGUUAGCUCAGUGGGCAUUCAGAAAAUGGAGGUACCAUCAGUUCACCUCCCUCCGUGACCAGCUGUGGGGAAACGCCGUCUACCUGAAGGAGGCCAACGCCAUAAGUGUGGAGCUAAAGAAAAAAGUCCAGUUCCAGUUUGUCCUGCUGACAGACACUCUGUACUCUCCGCUGCCCCCUGAGCUCCUGUCUCCAGAGCCAGAAAAAGAUCGUGACUCCAGGCCUUUCCCCCGCACCGUGGUGGCUGUAGAAGUUCAGGACCUGAAGAAUGGAGCCACGCACUACUGGUCCCUAGAAAAACUCAAGCAGAGGCUGGACCAGAUGAGAGAGAUGUAUGAUCGUGCUGGGGAAAUGGCCUCCACAAACCAGGAGGACGGAGAAGGCACUCUGACAGGAAAUGACCCCUUCUAUGACCGUUUUCAUUGGUUUAAACUUGUGGGGAGCUCCCCUAUCUUCCACGGUUGUGUUAACGAGCGCCUGGCCGACCGUACGCCGUCCCCUACCUUCUCCACCACUGACUCUGAGAUCACAGAGCUGGCAGACGAGCGCCAGAGCGAGAUGUCUGACUUGAUCGACGAUGAGGCCUUUGUGGACGACACCAGCUCAGAUGCCGGCACCGAAGAAGGCUCGGACAUCUUCAGCGACGGCCAGGACCCCUUCUAUGACCGCUCCCCCUGGUUCAUCCUGGUGGGAAGAGCUUUCGUGUACCUGAGCAACCUGCUAUACCCUGUGCCACUGGUACACCGUGUUGCCAUAGUAACAGAGAAGGGCGAGGUGCGUGGUUUCCUGCGUGUGGGGGUCCAAGCUAUAGCUGCUGACGAGGAGGCCCCAGACUACGGGUCAGGAGUUAGACAGUCAGGAACCGCCAAGAUUUCCUUUGAUGAUGAGUACUUCAAAAAGAAUGACUUUCCUUCCACCGUUAUGACCCGCUCCGGCAUGUCCCUGGAAGAGCUGCGCAUUGUGGAGGGCCAGGGCCAGAGUUCAGAGGUCAUCACACCCUCAGAGGAGCUCAACAGAAUCAAUGACAUGGACCUCAAGCUGGGUAACAUCGCAGACACCAAGCUGAGUUGUGGUGAGGAUCUGGCAGGCCAGCUGGAGGUGGGCAGCAUCUUUACCUUCCGAGUUACUGUGCUCCAGGCCAGUGGCAUCCCGCCGGAGUACGCAGAUAUCUUCUGCCAGUUCAAUUUCCUGCAUCGUCACGACGAGGCCUUUUCCACUGAGCCUCUGAAGAACGCCGGCAAAGGAGCUCCGCUGGGCUUUUACCAUGUCCAGAACGUUUCAGUCGAGGUCACAGAGUCCUUCAUCGAGUACAUCAAGACCAAGCCCAUCGUGUUUGAAGUGUUCGGCCACUACCAGCAGCACCCGCUCCACCUUCAUGGACAGGACCUGAUCAGUCCCCCAACACAGUCGAGGAAAUACUACCCUAUCCCCAUGCCUCUGUCUAGACCAGUUCCAGCCACCAAGUUGAACACCAUCACCAAGUCAAACCUGGGUCAGUGCGUCAGCAAGUACGAUCUGCUGGUCUGGUUUGAGAUCAGCGAGCUGGAGCCCACCGGAGAGUACAUCCCAGCUGUAGUGGAUCACAGUGGAGGACUGCCCUGCAAUGGAACCUACCUACUGCACCAGGGGAUCCAGCGGAGGAUCACAGUGACUCUCAUCCAUGAGAAGGGAAGCGAGCUCCACUGGAAGGACGUUCGCGAGUUGGUCGUUGGUCGUAUCAGGAGCAAGACUGAAGUGGACGAUAGCGCUGCUGAUGCUGUCCUGUCUCUCAACAUCAUUUCUGCCAAGAACAUCAAGUCGUCCCACAACGCCAACAGGACUUUCUACCGCUUUGAGGCAGUGUGGGACAGCUCCCUGCACAACUCCCUUCUGCUGAACAGGGUCACUCCAUAUGGAGAGAAGAUCUACAUGACCCUGUCUGCAUAUCUGGAGCUGGACCAUUGCAUCCAGCCUGCUAUUAUUACCAAAGACAUCUGCAUGGUGUUCUACUCCCGAGACGCAAAGAUCUCCCCUCCCCGUUCCCUCAGGAACUUCUUUGGGAGCGGAUACUCCAAAACCCCUGACUGCAAUCGAGUCACCGGCAUCUACGAGCUGAGCUUGUGCAAGAUGUCGGACACUGGAAGCCCGGGCAUGCAGCGGAGGAGGAGGAAGGUCCUGGACACAUCAGUGGCUUAUGUGCGUGGAGAGGAGAACCUGGCCGGCUGGAGGCCCCGAGGAGACAGUCUCAUCCUGGAGCACCAAUGGGAGCUGGAGAAAAUGGAGCAGCUGCAUGAGGUGGAGAAGACCCGUCACCUGCUCCUGCUGAGGGAGAAGCUGGGAGACGCGGCUCCAGUGGGAACAGCUCCCACCACCAAGUCCCUGAGCGAGUUGCUGUCCCCUAGCAUGAGCACAGACAGCCUGUCCACCUCCACCUCCAUCUCAUCGCAGAUCUCCAGUACCACCUUCGAGAGCGCCAUCACGCCCAGCGAAAGCAGCGGCUACGACUCGGCUGACAUCGAGAGCCUGGUGGAUCGUGAGAAGGAGCUGGCUACUAAGUGCCUGCGCCUCAUGACUCAUACCUUCAACAACGAAUAUAACCAAGUUGUCAACAGUAUCAGUGACUGCAAGCUGUCUGACAUCUCACCAAUGGGACGUGACCCAUCAGUGACCAGCUUCAGCAGCGCCACCCUCACCCCCUCCUCCACCUGCCCCUCUCUGUCGGACUCCCGCUGUGGUUCCAUGGACCAGAAGACCCCAGAGAACAGCUCCCGUGCCUCCAGUCCCUCCUGCUCAGACUAUGAGAACUUCCCAAUGGUUCCCAGUCUGGAGACCUCUUACCUAGCACGGGCUGGAAAGAACGAGUUCCUCAACUUGGUGCCUGAUAUUGAAGAAAUGAGGCCAGGAUCGGUAGUUUCCAAGAAAGGAUUCCUGAGCUUCAUGGAGCCGCGCUCCAACUCGUGGGUGAAGCACUUUGUGGUUGUGCGCCGACCCUACGUCUUUAUCUACAACAGUGACAAGGACCCGGUGGAGCGAGGCGUCCUCAACCUCUCCACAGCUCAGGUGGAAUACAGUGAAGACCAGCAGGCCAUGCUCAAGACUCCCAACACGUUCGCUGUGUGCACAAAACAUCGAGGAAUCCUCCUGCAGGCCAACAACGAGAAAGACAUGAACGACUGGCUGUACGCCUUUAACCCUCUGUUAGCAGGAACGAUAAGAUCUAAGCUGGCGAGGAGGCGCACCGGCCUGAUGAAGAACUGAGUGGGUCGAUCGGCACACAGUAAACCACGGCUUCCAUUGUUUCUGGAAAGCCUUUUGAACAUACCAAGUGUUAACACUUAUUAAUCAUUGUGAUUCUUGACAGUUUUCUCUUGUAAGUAGACUUGUGGCUUAAGUCUCCUUUCAUGCGACUAAAAGUUUCAGUUCCAGAGAAAUUUGCCUCCCCCUCUCCCUCCGACAUCCCUCUGCCAACUUAGCUUUCCUCCUCUCUAUUUCUCUUCCCCUGCUCCUCCUCCUCCUCCUCCUCAGCUUUUUGUGUUUUUCGUUUUUAUGACAAUGUUUGGGUCUAAUUUUGUUCCGCUUCGUUGUCAUUCCCUAACUCCCUAACUAGUAGCAUGUUGUAAUAGUCUACUUGUGUGUGCACGAUUCUUCAGAAACUGUUCUUUCUGGCCACUAACUUUCAGUUUGCCAAUCAUCUGUAAAGAGUCUCUAUCAGUGUUAUUUGUCUCCCGAGAAGAGUUUAAUUUUAUUUUUUGGCUGUUUUUUUUUUAAUAUGCCCGCAUGAUAACUGCAGCAGUCCUCAGGAGAAGACCAGAUUUGCUUACUACAAAAAAAAAUUAAAGCAAAUCAGAUAACUUACAGUUGAACCAUGAAGGGAAAAUAUACAAAUGUCUCCAAGUGACAUAUUAGUUUACAUUCUGCUACAGAAAGCAAGGCUACUUCAAGAUCUAUUGCUGCUAAUGAAUUCAUAGAUUUUUCUUCCUGAUUUCCAUCAGGCCGCCGCCUCUCACUCCCCUCUGCCGUCUCCUAGACAGCCUUUAGAAAUAAAAUGUUAAGAGUGAAAAAUGUGGCCUAACUCAGCGAGACUUGAGGGCAGUGCUGGAUUUCCACUGUCAUCCACAGCUGAGCUAAAAAAGGUUCUUUCACCCCAUUGUUGUCUGCGAAGAUUAGGCAAAUUAGUCAGCUGACAUAUGAAAAAGCGACGGCUGUUUUACACAUGUGAUGUUUAGAUCCCACUCCUCAGUCCGUGCACAUUCACCAAUGCCAACCCCGAUAGUGCCGCCAGUCAGCGAUUACUUACAAUCAUGCAUUUGUGUCAACAUGAAAAAUACACGCUUACAUGCAAAAAGAUUAUUUCAUAUCUCAGCAGUGAAAACGUGACAAUGGAUUGUUCCUGCGGGAGUAGAUGUUUGUCCCUGUCCUUUUGCUAUUUCAUCUCACGAAAAACAGGGUUAUAAGGAAAAGAGGAGGAGUAGGACGGACCGUACUCUGAAGAGAGAAUACGAUUUGUACAUACAGUCUGUUCUGGGAUCAGUGUGGUAGUUAGCUCUCGUUUAAGACAUUCCUCUCAGCUCCUCUCGCAGUUUUUUUCUUACGCUGACAUGUUGAGACCCCAAGAGAGUCUCAGCAUUUGCUAAUAUUUAGUUUAACCAUCACAUACGUGUGAUACGGAAGACAAAAACAAAACCUGGUGAAAUGAGAGGAAGGAUUUGGGAAAGCGAAUGAAGUUGCAAUGCUCUAGCCUUGACGCCAGUAGAUAAUUGAUGACGCUGCUAGCUCAUAGCCUGCAGGACAGAUAAUGAAUAGUCUACCACCCCGUGACUCCCCUCACUGUCAUGCUGGUGUCGGGUAAAAUCUCUAAAGUGAAGUACUUACUGUUCAGCAGCACCACAGGUUACCAUGUGUUCAUUUUCUAUUUGUGUUCUUGAAUUGAAACUAACUCUCAUUGGGUUUGAUAUUUCUUUUCUUCUUCUUCUUUUUUUAAAUUAUUAACAUUGUUUUGUUUUUCUAUUAUGCUUUUAAUCAUUCCACAGUGAAGUUUUAUACGAAAUGUUACCAAGGGCAUUUAUUUCUUAAGUUGUAACCAGCUAUAUUAACAUUAUUUUGCACAUUCACACAUAUCUAUAGCAAGACGAGGGCAGAUCACACAUGUUGAGUCCAGGAUUAUUUCUGAGUAUCAGGAACACUGAUAAGAGCACAUAUCAAGGCUACACUGGAUAGCUGUUUAUUAGAGAGAAAGAAGUGAUAUUAAAGGGACGACAUAUACGACAUGAAAGUUUUAUUUCUGAUAUUGUUUAUGAAAAUAUUUGCUCUGUGAGUCGUACUGCAGCUGCUACAUUCGGCUCCUGAUAAAUUAUGCUUCUGUUUCUUCAAAUGGUGGAAGUGUGAUGAGCACAGAUGGGCAUUUUAAAACUCUGGCCAACCAACCAGCAGUGUGCCGACUGUGUCAUGAAAGAGACAUUAUGGUUGACGGUGUUGAAACAGAGGUAGAAAUCGCCUGUUACAAAUAUUAGUGGAAUUAUUGUUGACAUAUAUUCAGAUGUAAAGAUGACAAGAAAACAUUUGGUGUAAGGUCAGAAUGAGUGAAAAAUAAGGAGCGUCUCUGCCCUGAGGUUAGCCAACCUGCUGGUCAGAGAAAUAAAAACCUGCUGAAUUGUCUAAGAAAAUGUUUAGCAUAAAAAUGAAUCAUGACAAAGCAUCUAUGCACCGAUGAAGGCUCUAAGUGCUACACGUUAACCUCAGCAUACUGUGUGAGAAACGAUACAAAGACCUGUCAGAGCAAACAUUUUCACUUCACUGACUAAUUUGCAGUGGUAUAUUAUUUUGGAUUGUGUAUUUAUUGUUUGCAAUGUACAUAUUAGUUUGCAGCUCUUUGCACAUAUUAAUAAAAGGUUCAACUAACUGAUCAAAUAAAGUCUGUGCGGUUUAGUUGUUCUACUCAGAGUGAACCAAAUGAUGGUGUGGCAGCCUCUGCCAGUCUCAGCUGGGAGAGCGUCGAAUGUACUAUGAAGAUGUUUUUCCAUCGUUUGAACAAAACAAAAAAAGAGAACUAAAAUGUAACCCACUGCAACUUUUCAGGGGAGGUGAGUUACAUUAGUGCUUCCUCUUUAUUAGAAAGUGGUUUGAGUGAAAGUCUGCUUUUGAUUUGAAGAAUAUUUACUCACGACUCAUGCUAGCCAGCCACUUUAAUUAUAACAAAACAAAGGUGGUUUAUAACUCAUUUUUUUCUAAUAUCAGGGAAUAUAAUACAAAGUAGCUAGUGACAUCUAAAAUGACAGUAUACUAUUGUUGUACUGGUGUCUUUCUUCACCUCAACACUUUUUUUUUUUCCGUUGAUGCCUUUCAAAAAAAAAACUAGCCAUGAUAUUUUCCAUCUUCCCCUCUGACAAUUAAUAUCGGUUAACUGCGCUCCCUUUGGAUUUGUUCACCAAAAAAAAAAGCAAAAGAAAACAAGACAAACCACGACAUUAACACUGUACAUUAUUUGUCAGACUGGUUUCAUUUUCAUACUUAUUUUGUAAAUAUCUGUGUUGUAUGGAGCUUGAAUUAAAAUGUAAAUAUGUUUACUGUAUUUGUAAUAAUUAUAAUCCAUUCGCUGUAUAGCAUAGAUGUGUCAUGCAGAUAUCCUAAUUCUGUGUAUGGUAAUCUUGCACCAUUGAACUGUUUAGUGAAUGAGGCAACAAUAAAAGUGCAAAUUGUGCAUUAGCAGAACAA